CCAAAGAAUUGGCAGGGCGGGGUGGGUCCGGGCAUGAAGCUGGAGCGGGCCGUGCUGGGCCUGCUCCUCCUGGCGCCGUUGGCGGUGCGGGCGGUGGAGCCCAUCAGCCUGGGGCUGGCCCUGGCCAGCGUCCUCACCGGCUAUAUCUCCUACCCGCGCCUCUACUGCCUCUUUGCAGAGUGCUGCGGCCAGAAGCGAAGCCUCAGCCGGGAAGCGCUACAGAAGGAUCUGGACAACAAGCUCUUUGGACAACAUCUUGUGAAGAAAGUCAUCGUAAAUGCCGUGUUUGGCUUCAUAAGCAACCCAAAACCCAAGAAACCUCUUACCCUCUCUCUACAUGGAUGGACUGGCACCGGCAAAAAUUUUGUUAGCAAAAUCAUCGCAGAGAAUAUUUAUGAGGGUGGUCUGAACAGUGACUAUGUCCACCUGUUUGUGGCCACACUGCACUUUCCACACGCCUCGAACAUUACCCUGUAUAAGGAUCAGUUACAGCUGUGGAUUCGAGGCAAUGUGACUGCCUGUGCACGCUCCGUCUUCAUAUUUGAUGAAAUGGAUAAAAUGCAUGCCGGCCUCAUAGAUGCCAUCAAACCUUUCCUAGACUAUUAUGACCUGGUGGAUGGGGUCUCUUAUCAGAAAGCCAUCUUCAUAUUUCUCAGCAAUGCCGGAGCAGAGAGGAUCACAGACGUGGCUUUAGAUUUCUGGAGAAGUGGAAAGCAGAGGGAAGAAAUCAAGCUCAAAGACAUGGAGCAUGCCUUGUCUGUGUCAGUCUUCAAUAACAAGAAUAGUGGCUUCUGGCACAGCAGCUUAAUUGACCGAAAUCUCAUUGAUUAUUUUGUUCCCUUCCUCCCCCUGGAAUACAAACACCUGAAAAUGUGCAUCCGAGUUGAAAUGCAGUCCCGAGGCUACAAAAUUGACGAGGACAUUGUGACCAGAGUGGCUGAGGAGAUGACAUUUUUCCCCAAAGAGGAGAGAGUUUUCUCUGAUAAAGGCUGCAAAACUGUGUUCACCAAGUUAGAUUACUACUACGAUGACUGAGCCCACAGGAGUCUGCAUCGCAUUGGAGAAGAAUGAACUCAAAACUCACCCCCUUCCCCACUCUUCUCCCUGGAAGAAGAGUCAAAUGCAUGUUUUCUGUUUGACACGACAGGAAUUCUUCUGGGCACUGUUUUCACUCAGCUGAGUGCAGGCCAUCACAACCUUACAGCCACUGACAUAGGAGCCGCCUCCAGAACCUUCAGAGGAGGAAGUAGCCAGCCCCCAGCCACCUCGUACCAGUGCUUAUGAUUUUUUAAAAAUCAUGUUUUAAUUAGUUGUUUCUGUUUCAAGGAAGGACAAGUAAGUUUUACUGAAAAUGCGAUAACUAUUUAAAAUGGUUUUUAACAUUAUGAGAAACUUUUCAGACUCUUAAGUUUUUUGCUUUGUGUUGUUUUUUUAAGUUCCUAUCAUUAUAACAUAUAACGUGAAGUGUCUUUAUUGCAAAAAAGCCCAAGUCCUUGGCAUUUGUUCUGUAGGAUGGCAUUGCUGGGGACAGAGGCUGGAGCAGUGACCACAUCUGUCAUAGGAUGACCACAGACAGCACUGUAAGGGGCAACACAGCGUUUAGAUAAAAGGACAAGUAUGUCAGCGGGGAGAUCAGAACUUCCCAGGGUGUGCGGUCUUGUCACAGAUUAGGUCUUUAUUUUUUUUUUUAAAUAAGAUAGAAGUUUAUUUAUUGCUCAUGUAAAAGUCCACAGCCACAGUUCCCUGACCUCUAGCUUUUUGAGGGAUUUGGUAAACGGGGAGCCCAGCAGGAGCUGAGCAGGAGGGAGGAGAGAGAAGUCGAGGUGUUUAUUCCUCAGCUCGUUCACUGUCAAGCCACCUCCACUCUACCUGAGUCUGUCCUGAGAGUUUGGGUAACCUCUCCCUCCUGGUCCCUGCAGGCCAGGGGAGGUGCAAGCUCUGCUGCUGGCUCUGAACCCCUGUGCUCCCUCUUGUGAUUCCCCUACACCCUGCUCUGUACUUAGUCCUUUUGAAAAUAAACUGCCCAAAUGUGCCUAGAGUGUGCCAUCACAGAUUAGGUCUUAAAUGUCCUUUUCAAGGGUUUUAAUCUUAGUAACAUUUUGAACAGCAGGAAUGAUCCUAGUAACAUUGUGAACAGGUUGACUGAAAGUUGUAAGAACCAGAGUCUCCUUGAAAGAAAAGUAUUUUUUCAGCUUGUCACUUGCCAGUCAUUCAGCUUCUCAAAGGACGGCCCUUCUCUACUUUCCAUUCCUGAAUGAACCAUGUGCUGUCUCUCUACUGGGUUCUAAAUUGUCUGGCGAGUUUUGCUGUAUUUUUAAAAACCUUCCUCUUUUAUCACUGGUUUUUGUUAUGUUAAAUCAGAAACUCUGGGAAAGCUUAGCUGCCCCUCCUGAGCCUGCUGAGAAGUGUUUUUAUUUAUAAAUGCAAAUAGCUAACCACUUUACAAUAAAAUUGUAUUUUGUAAUUUGUGAAUACAUUUUUAAGGGAAAAUAAUAAAGCCCUCCACUGUUAGCCUUGUGUGCUUAAGCUAUGAAUUAAGACAACAGAUGCAGUCCACGUGGGAAUGAGCUAUGAAGUCUGAUGCCAGGGCCCUUUGAGGAGUCUAGGACACCUCUGGUCCCUUGCUUAGCUGUCCGGGGUACUGCACUUAGUUGCAAGGGCCAUGGAAUCCAAGUCUAGAGAUAACCCCAGCUG